UAUAAGUAGACAGCUAACUAAGCCUGCCCAAGGGUCCCACAACACAAAUAUUUGCCCCCUUCUCGUUUACUAGGUCUUAUAAUAUGUCCCAUUAAACAUUAAAAAUGUAUUCAAGAAAACAUGAAAGACACUAACAUUCAUCAAACUCAUAGUACAAUGUGGCACGUUCUUCAAGUCCUUUUCUUCAUUCUCAACUUACUUGCUUCCCACAACUUCUCUUUUCCCCAUCUUUCUCUUCUUGCCAUUUCCAAACACCCCCUUUACUAUACACCCCUCAAAACACCAAAACCACUUAAACAAAAAAAACCAAAAAAAAAAUAAGUUCUUUUGGUUGUGUUACUUGUGUAGACCUUUUUCAUUUCCUUGUUCUCCACCACGGCCACGGCCACGACCACGAUUACGGCCAUGUAACACCUUAAAUCCACUAGUAUAGUAGUAUAUACCAUACGACCGUUUGUCUAAGUUUAACACUAUGAUCUCCUCCCCGGUCGUCGUCAUUUUCUCUUUCCUCCUCCUCAUUACUUCUACACCCACCACUAUUCACGCCCAAGACGGCCCUAUUGAAACACCUUCUUCCACCUCAUCUUCCACCAGUUCCUCCCCUAAAACACCAAAAUUCAACCCUAAGAACAAAGUCCUAAUCGCUUGUGGGUCCCAAGAAGACGUCUCUCUUCCCGAUGGAAGGACAUUUAAGUCAGAUCCAUCAACGGUUAGCAAUCUAAGUAGCGAGGAGGAUGUUAAAGUCAAUGUUGACACUCUCCCUCCACCACCCAAAGACGACGUUUCUUCGUCUAAACUACCACCACCGCCGCCACUACCGCUAUACAAUUCCGCUAGGAUUUUCCCUAGUGCAGCCUCCUACAAGUUCCCGAUUUCUCAGCCGGGUUUUCACCUCAUCCGUCUUUACUUCUUCCCUCUCCCUCACACCACCUACAACCUCUCGAACGCCGUUUUUCGAGUCACAACCGAAAACUUCGUACUCCUACAUGACUUCACUGUCCCUAACCCUACCCCCAUUUUCAAAGAAUACCUCCUCAACCUAACCACUCAAACCCUCACCCUUAAAUUCUCCCCUAAAAAAAACUCCUUCGCUUUCAUCAACGCCAUCGAAGUCAUCUCCGUCCCCGACGACCUCAUCUCCGACACCGCCUCCGCCGUCCCAUCCGUAGAGAACGUCGAGGGGGUGGCCAAACACGCGUUCGAGGUGGCUCUCCGACUUAACGUCGGUGGUCCACUCUUGACACCUAGGAAUGAUACAUUAUGGAGGACUUGGUAUCCUGAUGAAGAAUUUAACGCUUUCCCUGAGGGAACUAAUAAGACUGGGGUUAACCCGAGGGAGGUUAAGUACCCGGAAGGCGGCGCCACGCGGUUUAUUGCGCCGUCGUGGGUGUAUGCUACGGCGGCUGAGAUGGGGAAUGCGGAUACUAUUAAGGCUAACUUUAACCUUACAUGGAAGAUGCCUGUUGAUCCCUCAUAUGAUUACCUGAUUAGGCUACAUUUUUGUGACGUUGUGAGUAUUGCUUUGAAUGAGUUGUACUUCAAUGUGUAUGUGAAUGGUAUGAUGGGGGCUCCUAGUUUCGACUUGUCUACCCUUACUUCGGCUCUAUCCACAGCCUAUUACAGAGACUUUGUGAUCAACUCAACAACCAUUGCAAACGGAUUAGUUAUAAUCCAAGUGGGACCCGCAUCAGGCGGUUCAGGCGACCCAAAUGCAAUCCUUAACGGCGUAGAGGUGAUCAAAAUGAGCAACUCCGCCGGCAGCCUAAGCGGCUUAUUCGACGUCGAAGGCAACUACAUGGGAGCAGCCUCAGGAUCAAAAACAAUGAAAAUCUUAGCAGUAGUAGGCCUUGUAAUGGGAAUGGUAGCAUUACUACUAGUCGUAGUCAUGUUCGUAAGAUGGCAAAAACGACCAUUAGACUGCCCAAGAAACAACAGCUUCUCCUCUUGGCUUCUUCCUCUAACAACAAGUCACAGCAGCUUCCUCUCUAGCAAAAGCGCUUCCAUCACAGCUUCUAGAAAAAGCUCGUUGUUCGGUUCUCGAAAAAGCAACAUGUUUGCUUCUACUAAUCAAGGGGUUGGGAAAUUCUUUAGUUUUAACGAGUUGCAAGAUGCUAGUAACAAUUUCGACGAGAAUGCAGUGAUUGGUGUUGGUGGGUUUGGGAAAGUUUACAUGGGUAAGUUAGAUGAUGGGACUAAAGUCGCGAUUAAGAGAGGUAAUCCACAAUCUGAACAAGGGAUUAAUGAGUUUCAGACAGAAAUUCAGAUGCUUUCACAGCUAAGACACAGACAUCUUGUUUCCUUAAUUGGUUAUUGUGAUGAAAAUGCGGAAAUGUGUCUUGUAUAUGAGUUUAUGUCGAAUGGUGUGCUUCGAGAACAUUUAUACGGGUCCAAGCUUAAUGCACCUAUGCCAUGGAAACAGAGGCUUGAGAUUUGUAUCGGGUCAGCCCGUGGGUUACACUACCUUCACACGGGUGCAGCCCAUUGUAUCAUCCAUAGAGAUGUUAAAACAACCAACAUUCUUUUGGAUGAGAAUUUCGUAGCCAAAGUUAGUGAUUUUGGUCUAUCCAAAGCAGCUUGUUUAAUGGAGCAAACUCAUGUAAGUACAGCUGUUAAGGGUAGUUUCGGGUAUCUUGAUCCAGAAUACUUCAGAAGACAACAGUUAACAGAGAAGUCAGAUGUGUACUCAUUUGGAGUAGUACUCCUUGAAGUCUUAACAGCCCGACCCGCCAUAAACCCGGCCCUACCAAGGGACCAGGUGAACCUAGCCGAAUGGGCUAUGUCAAAUUACAGAAAAGGGCUUCUUGAGAAAAUAGUGGACCCCAAUUUACAAGGAACAAUAUCCUCUGGUUCAUUGAAGAAGUAUGUUGAAGCAGCUGAGAAAUGUUUGGCAGAGUACGGUGUUGAUAGGCCAUCAAUGGGAGAUGUGUUAUGGAACUUGGAGUACGCGUUGCAACUACAAGAAGCAAGCACAAAAACCGAGGCAACUGAAGAUAAAAGCUCGUUGUUGAUCCCAUUAGAGACGGCACCAAUUAUGGGAAUAAACGGAGUAGAAAGUAGUAGUGCACCAACUAGUGAUGAUCAUACUGAAGUUGGUGCUUCUGCAUUCUCACAAAUAGCCAACUUUCAGGGAAGGUAAAUUAUCUUCCUAAAUAUAAAUGGGAAUCACCCAUAAAAACAGAACACACACAAAAAUAUGGUUACUUGAUUAAUAUAGGUUGAAUUUGAAGCAUCAAGAAAUGGUAACUUUGGCACAGAGUAAAAUUUUUUCGAUAUAUACUGUGUAGUGUGAACCUCGUAAAUUCGUUUGUUCUUUAUUUUUGGGGUUCUUUUUUCUGGAAAAUUUUAAUGUUCAUCAAAUUUCUUAGCCAUAUAUACUUUAUUUUUUUUCUUUAUAUUUCAUUAUACAAGGUUUGUCGAUUAAUGACAAUAUCUUAAUUGUGCGUGUAUAGCUUGGUUUUUGGAUUGUAUUCUAGUUUCAGGCAAUUGUAACGACUUCCCUUACAAUAAUUCUAAUACUACUACAUAAUUUUCGCUCC